UUUUCCUGGUGAGCGAAUCCGUCGAUCGACCUUCACUGCUUUAGAUCUACUUUCGCAUCACAACAAGCUUGUACCAAGACUUGUACAGCUAAAAUGUCAGUUGUGCUUGGUAAGCUACGUCCCCUAGCCGCUCUUCUGCGGAAUAGAGGGCAGCUACCUGUUCUGAGCUCAACCCGGAGGAACGCUGCAACUCUGUAUCGAGCCCAUCUGGUCAAAGAUCCGCCUGCCAUUCACUAUGUUGGUGAAGCAAUGAGCUUCUUUUUGUGGUACUGGAUCCUGUAUCACUGCUAUUUUGAGUUUGAUCAUUUAGUGCCAGACCAUGUUUAUCCUGACCCGUCAAAGUUCACAGACGAAGAGCUUGGAAUACCUCCUGAUGAUGAAGAGUAACCAGUGGCAGCGUUUAGGCUAACUGUACAUUUAUUACAUGAAAAAUUACUUGUUCGAAUGUGUGCGCAUGUGGACGCUUUCUUUUGACAUUGUAGGGACAGGUUGUGUGUGGAAGAUCUCCAAGAGGUAUGAUGCUAGAUUUACCAGACCUAUAAUGUUCUUGAUUCUUUUACCAGUAGUGUUACGGAAUAUUCACUUUUCAGUGUAGCUGUUAUUGGAGUCUUGCCUUUGGAUCCUGGGAAAGUUACCUUAGUGAAUUCUCAGGACUGACAUUUUCUGGUACUCAGACCAGUGAUAUUGAUAGGUACUGGUACAUAGGUAAGCCCUACUGUGCUUCACACUGAAGUUAAAGAACAGAUAACGACAGGAUUAAAAGGUUACCAUAUAUUUGUAGCAUUGUUGUCUUGUGUGUUUGCUUAGCAAGUAAGCAAGUUGCUCUCUUAUGACAGUCUUUCUUACUUGCUGUGGUGUUUUAUAUUGUCACAUGGAAGGCUGAAAAGUUGGUGAUAUGUGAAAGUAUGCCAUGAUUAAUUACUGAUGGAAUACAUAUGCUGAUAAACUUA